CGUAUCACUAGUAUGACUUCGGUCAGCAAUGAUAAGAUCGCUCGUUCGAUUCGGGCAGAGGGCAUUCUUUUUGCCGAACCUCUGCACCUGAUGCCAAUGUGCUGUAGACUGUUCAAGUGCACUGUCUGUGUUUUUGACAACUGCGCACGAAGAGCGCGAGCAUCUGCUAAGAAUGCGCAGAGCCCACUAAGCGCGAAACAGGCAAGGGAUAUUGGUUUGGUUCAACAUCCUGCAAGGACAACGUGGGAGCAAAGCAUUCCAUGGGUCCACAUCGCCUUCAUGCGCACGGAAGACGAUAUCAGAAUGGCGGCGAGGGUGAUGCUGCUCAACUUCUCUGGUGGUUGGUUGAAGAUCGCGGCCACUUGCGACACGCCCGCGGUGUUUGGCAGCAGCUCGUCUGCGUGGUCGUAUAUGUCGUUGCAGAGCUUCAAGAGAAACUCUCUGUCCUUGUGGGCGAGGAACAUUUCUCGGUACUCUCGCGCGUGGGGACUUUCGACCACCUUCAUCCGGCGCUUGCGCGGCUGCAGAGACUGGGAUGUGCCACAACGUGCUUCUUCUUCGUCGAACUCGGGGAGCCCAUCUGCUGCUACCAUACAAAAGCACUACGUUGUCGUUACCAGCCAGGGCGGACGAGGCAGUUGGGUUACCAGAUCCGCAGCGACGCGCCAGCCCACAGACAUGUCCGAGCGCUGCUGGGCCUGCUGGUAUCGAGGCGGUUGGCUGCAUCAGCGGCGCAGUGAUCGUUCCUGCGGUCUUGCCGCGCUGGGAAUACGCAGGAAAAGGAGAGGCAUGCGGAUCCCGGUCAAGGGAACGGCUUCCUAUAAUCUUCUUCGCCUUCCCUGCCGUCUUGUACAUGGCACCGUCGUCGACACCGGAGGCCCGGCGGGCUGGCAGUCUACUGAGGAGCAACCGUCUCUGCUCGACAUGCGGGACACCGAUGCAGUCUGCGCCCCAGCACCCUCUCUGUGUGUUACUGGGUCACUCUGAGGCCACCCAGCGCAAUCCGUCCCGAGGAGAACCACGGCCGUCGAUCCAGACGACCGAACCGCGGCGUCCAGCACAUUGAGUAGAGGUCCAGAAGAUGUCCCGGCGCCCCAUCUCGACUGCGUUGGAUCGUCGAGCGUCGCCGCGGCUAGCAGAUCAAACACUGGUGCUGCGUCGUCGGUACGGCAGGCGCGAGUGCAG